CCGUAUUUCAGCCACGAUCGACAAAUAAAACGUGAUGAAAACUCGCAAUUGGGACAGAAACAAGAUAUAAGCCAUGAACUUCGCGCCGUUUACCGGCCACAUUCCGUCGGCGACGGCGAUACCGAGCAUUCACCAGUUCGCCGCCAAGUUCGGCUACGAGGGCAGUGGCGGUGGCAGCGUGGUGCAGGAGACACGUUACCAGGCCUCGGGAAGUGGAGUGCAGUUCGCGGUGGCGCCAUCCGCAGGCGUCGCCGUCGAUGGGGUCAAGUUCAGGCAAGCCGAGAGCGUGGUGGUGGUCAGCAAUGCGCAGCCGGGGACGGUUACGUUGGCGGGAAUCGCGCCUAUACAUAGCGUAAAUACAGGAGUGAAAUACCAGAGUAUAACGGCCACCUCUUCCACCGUGAACGUGGGAAAUAUCGCGUACGGAGGAGGAGGGCAAGUGGGCUACGUUCAAGAGACGGUGCUGAAGGGAGAACAACGUGACAAGCGGGAAUACCGCGACGAGCUGCAUCAUGACCUGAUGGCUUCCAUGAUGCAACAACACCAGGUGUCACAAGCGCCGUUGCAGCAGGGCACGCAGCAGCUGCUGGUUGUGCUGCAUGAGCCGAAGGAAGGUGCGGCACUCGCGCGAGCGAUCAAACAAGAGGGUCGCAACCACAGGGAACUGACUGCGCCCGCAGAGUUCAUCAGUAUAGGCGAUGUGACAGACAGUUCGACAUGGCAGACGCUAGGUGGCGGGGUGGCAGACUAUCUGUCAGCGCUACCGCUACCGCUACACCACUUGCUGAAAUACUCGACUGCUACUGAUGGCAAGCGAGAGGAGCCCACCGUCGUCACCGUCGCCACUAACUCGCUACCACCUAUUUCUAUGCUAACUUCUGUUCCAACGAAUGUAGUGAACAGCGUAGUGGUUCAGACAGCGACGAUCGUGAAUCCUACGACUCACACGACACAGUCGAACCACGCAGUCAAUGUCAACACGAUCUCGAUCGCUAAGAAGAAGAAAAAGAAGAAAGCGCUCAAAGAGAAAAAGCCCCGACCGAAACCAGGGGAGAUACGACUUACAACUGCACUUGACGGGAGCACGCUAUACUGCUGCCCAGAGUGCCACAUGGCGUACCCCGAACGUGGUCUUCUAGACCAACAUCUCGUGGGUCAUACAAUGGAACGAAGAUUCAUCUGUGACAUCUGCAAUGCUGCGCUGAAGCGUAAGGACCACCUCACACGACACAAACAGUCGCACAAUCCGGAGCGACCGCACGUGUGCUCCGUCUGUCUGAAGGCUUUCAAACGCAAGGAGCAGCUCACUCUACACUUCAUUAUACACUCGGGCGAGAAGAGGCACGUCUGCAACGAGUGCGGGAAAGGUUUCUACCGCAAGGACCAUCUGCGCAAGCACACGCGCUCGCACAUCGCGCGCCGCGUGAAGGCGGAGCUGUCGCAGCAGGCCACCGCGCCGCCGCUCUCGCAGCAGUCGGUACCCGCGCCCCCACUGGAGCCUUCUUGACCCCACGACGAAAAGAAUGACUUACUAACCCUUAUCGCAGCCGCGAAAGACGCUUUUUGACAGUAGGCUGUGAACGUAUAACCAGUUAUUAAAAAUGAAAAGAAAAUACUUAAGAAUGUUGCCAGCAUAUAAAAUUCUAAAAGUUAC